AUGUUUACAUUUCCAUGCUUUCGAGAUAAAAAAUGGAUGAAAGAAAAUGGAACCAAUAUGAAGUACCCCGAGACAUUUCUAAAUGUGCAUUUUCGUCCUGAAUUUUUAAGAAAUUAUGAACAUACAGCUAAUUUUGAGAAAAAAGCUGAACAAGUCAUAAAACAGAUUAAAUCAGCGUUGUUUCGGCAAGCCAUUUAUAAGAUACAAAACAUUGAAGUGGUGUCCAUGAAUGAAUGCAAAGAGGACAGGGUUCUAGAAAACAUAAAAAAAGUUAAAGGAUAUGAAGACUUUAAAAUAUCAAACAGUAAAGUUCUCACUGACGAAUUGUGGACCGUGAAAAGAUGCGAUAAAAAGAUUUUUUAUUGGGUGCGUUAUUAUGAACAAGAUAAAAAUGGAUACUCAUUAUCAAUAAUGCCAACACAGGUGAAAAAUAUUUUCUGUUUUUUGAAGUAUUAUUAUUUCUAG